CCAACCCCCGGACCCACUGCAGGAAAAACCACUAGGAAGUGUUUCGUUUGUGGACGUGCCGUGGCGAAGAAUCAAUUAGCGAUUACUUGUGAUAGUUGUUGCCAACAGACUCACAUAAAGUGCGCUGGGAUAACUGCGAAACGCUACAAACAGCUUCUGUCUUGCUCAAAUUACUGCUGGGAUUGUCCCACUUGCAUAGGAAAUUUGUUACAACAGCUACCUUUCGCGAAUGUUGAUGAUAUAAUCGAACAAGAUCCAGCUAAUGAUAACCCUCUUCAAAAUAUGAGCUCCCACGGAGAACCAACGAUCAAGUUUCCACGGAAACCCAACAAGAAGGAAUGCACAAUUGCUCUUCUAAAUGUAAAUAGUCUUCCUAGCAAGUUUAUUGAAAUCAAGGAAUGGCUUGUUGAUGGGGUUUUUGACAUUCUCUGCAUUCAAGAAACGAAAAUUGACAGCACUUUCCCUAAUUCUCCCUAA